AUGACGAGUAAAAAGCAUCGUGAUUCGAGUAAAAGUAAACAUUCCAACAAGGAAGAGUAUGAAGAAGAGAAACAUCGACGAAAUUCGAAAGAUUACGAUCAUGAGGGAUCAUCAUCGAAACAUCGUGAGAAAUCAAAGAAACAUAGUAAACCAGCGGAACAAGAUGAAGAUCCAGCAGCAGCGGAAGAAGAAGCUGAACGUCGACGACGCCGAAAGUUACGAAAACAACGUGAAGAAGAGGAAAGAUUAAGGCAACAGCAAGAAGAAGAAGAAGAAAGAUUAAGACGUGAACAGGAAGAGUAUGAAGAGGAACGAAGAAAACGAAAAGAAAAGCACCGGGAUAUGGAAAAUGGUGAUAGUCGAAAACAUAAAUCAUCGCGAGAGAAAUCGCCGACAUCUCCACCACCCACAAAAUCUAAGAGUAAAGGCAAGGAAAAAGAUGAUAAUUAUAGCGAUGAUUUCGAACAGAACUACGACGAUGAUUUUGAUGAUGAAGCUGAACCUGCACCAGUGAAGAAAUCAUCAAAAUCACACCGAGAAGAGAGACAUCGUUCUUACGGUGAUGAAUCUCCUCCACCGAAAUCUUAUCCAGCCUCCGUUGGAAUGGGCGAUGCUGAAGUAUUUGCAAACACUCGACGCUAUCAUUCUCACGAUGUCUCCGAUCGAAUUCGUCGUCGUUACAAAGAUCUUUCUCGUUUAAUCGAACUCGAUCGUCAAUCAUUCAACAUCCUUGAUAUGGCUCCUAUGCCAGCCCAUGCAGCCUACAUGCGCGAUAUGCGAUCGAAUAACAAAAAGAACGCUCCGUCAGCAAAUAAUAUCGAUGAUGGUACUGGAUGGACAUCAAAUGUGAAAACACAAACGAAUGACGAUGCUGAACAUGUCCAAUGCCAAACAGAUGAAAUCGAUACACGAGCAAUGUGGACACAGCAUCCAAGUGAAAGCGAACAGAAAGCAUGUGGAAGUGGAACUACGAAUGCCGACAAUAAGUUUUCAGAUAUGAAUAAAGCACGUGAAAACGAGGAACUGUUACGUAUGCUUCGGUUAGAAACCGAUCUAGGACGUUAUCAAACAUUUGUUAUUAAUGCGGGCAAACUGAUCUUUGCAUUGCUUGGUGAACAAUCAACAAGUAAUGUGAAGUCGAAAUCGAAACGUUCGAAAGAAAACAAUGUGCAGGAUGGCAUGCAGCAGGAUUCAAAUUUGAAAUUCGCAUCUGGAUUGACAAUUCUUGCAGGACUUUCCUUCAAAUCAGAUGUCUCUAUAGCGGCUGUUUGUUUCUGUCCUGACAAACCUGACCAAGUCGCUAUUUUCUAUGAACCAACACAUACCACAAGUUAUGGUGCAAUUUACAGCGUACGGAAUCCCAACAAGCCGUUGCGAGUAUUAACAUGCGAAGCGUCUGUUCGUAGUUGUUCUUCUUCUGCAGUUUAUAUAUUCGCAGGAUGCCAUGAUGGUUCGAUUGUUUUAUUUGAUACAAGUGAACCGAGCAAAUAUAAUUCGAAUUCAAAAGAAUCCAUACCGAGUAGUCCAACAUUUUCAACUGCGAAUAUUCAAUUUAACGAACGGCAUUAUAACGAAGUAGUUCGUGUACUACCUUUACGAACAAUAAAUAUGGGAAAUAAAAAUGAACAACCCACAGGCACAUUUUCUUUGGCAUCAUUGGAUCGAGAUGGAUUGAUUAUAAUUUGGUCGGUGGUGGAAUUGAUCAAAUCAGAUGAAGUUGGAUCAAUCGCUGAUUUAGGCUUAAAACCAGGCGGACGAGUGCGAAUGACACAAACGUCAUCAAUUCAAGUUAAACAGUCAAUAUACAUGGCAAGAGAUUCUAUUCAAGCAUAUGAUCUUUCAUGUCCAAUCAAUGAUGUGGACAAUCUCUAUGUUGCUAGCAAUGCUAAUGCUGUUUAUCAUAUGACUCGAUAUGGUGACAUGGGUACUCCAUCAAAACUUCGCAUAUCCACAGAUUUAGAAACACAAAUUGAAGUGACUUGUUUAUCGUUCAAUCCCAUGAUCAGCAAAUUACUUCUUGUUGGCACAGCUAACGGUCAAUUAUAUCUGUAUAAUACAGGACGAGAUGAGCCGAUUUUAUCCUGGCCAAACGCAUUUCGUUCGUCGGCGACCGUUCUCAGUUGUAGUUGGUCAGCAGGUCGACCAAGUAUUUUCUUCGCUCAUGAUUCUCAAGAUCACAUCAAAUACUGGGAUUUAACCAAGGAUUUAUAUAAUCCUUUAGACAAUGUGAAGAUCGAAAAUCUCAGUCAUUUUGUUCUUUCGACGAGUUAUGAACAUGAAACAGCAUUUGCACUUGUUAUAAAACAACCAUCAUCACAGAUUGAGGUUCAUCAAUUGGAUCGAUCAUUUGCUACGCAUUCAGAUUCAUUUACAGACAAAUUCAAAGCCACUUUGAAAGAAAUCAUGUCCAACGCAUAG